UCCAAAUGGGCAUCCUACCGAUCAGCUCAGUAUCUCCACAGCUAUGCGCUGGCGGGCGCAAGUCGGCUUCCUCCCGCUCCUCCGUUCCCCUCCUCAGCCAUAAAAGACUUCCGAGCUCUUCUUCUACACGCUUUCCUCUCUUCCAGAUGGCUCUCCUUCUGACCCUACCGGAAUUAUCCUCUACUUCCGGUGCCACCAUAUGCAUCCGCCGAAGAUGGGUCGCCGGCAGCCGCAGCAGCCGGAUUCUUAGAGUCAGCCGACGUAGUUUGUGCGCCUGUGGCAAGAUGGUGGAUCUUGAGGCGAGUGUUGUUAGGGUUUCUGACCAAAUCAGAAACGCGGGCUUCGACUCUAUUUUAUCGAUUCCGGUGCUCUGCGUGUCCUCGGCUUCGCCGCCGCCUCCUUCGCUGAGGCAUCAGCUGCAGCAGAUGGAAGGCGGUGACGAUAAGAAGGACUAUUACUUGAAUGUCGGAAACGCGAUUCGUACGCUGAGGGAGGAUUACCCGAUUAUAUUCUAUAAGGAACCAGGCUUCAGCAUCUAUAGGGAUGACAUUGUCUUCAAGGAUCCUCUCAAUACCUUUGUUGGAAUUGAUAAUUACAAACAGAUAUUUUCGGCGCUGCGCUUCAUCGGCCAAGUUUUAUUCAAAGUUUUGUGGGUUGACAUUGUGAGUGUUUGGCAACCAGCCGAGAGUACCAUCAUGAUUCGAUGGACGGUUCACGGCAUCCGUCGUCUACCCUGGGAGAGUCAUGGUCGCUUCGACGGCAUAUCUGUGUACAAGCUCGAUCGGAAAGGAAAGAUCUUCGAGCACCAGAUGAACAACAUUGCUCGCAAUCCUCCAACAAGGUUCAAGAUUUUGGCUGUAGAGGAGCUCAUUCAAUCACUUGGUUCUUCAUCGACACCAAAGCCUACUUAUUUUGAGACAUCUUUGACUGAAAACAUUUCUGGGGCAUUAAUGUUAGGAUUUUUGUUUGUUGGAUACUAUUUUGUUGUAUGUUUGCCUCUUGUUUUGUGAUAUAUUUGACAGGCUGAGGAGCUGUGUUGACAGCUGCAAAUUUUGUCUCCACGUACUUAUAGAAGGACAAAGUGAACUGUGUAUAAUAGCUGCUCCAGUGUAAAUUUUUUAAUAAGAUCCUGCAUGUUUGGGCAAACA